AUAAACGGUGAAAAAAAUAGCCACGUAUCAUCCACCCUUUUAAAUAUUUGACUUAUUUAUGUCACAAGAUGUGGACGAUGUAAUUAAAUAAAUAAACUGACCAACAAUUAAUAAGAUGAAACUUAAUUUUUGGAACGAAACAAAAAUAAAAUAGUUUCUAAAUUAAGUUUGUUAUCUGUGACUAUUCUGUGACCGAAGCUUUGGGUAUUUUCGAGGUUAUAACUCCAAUUUUCUAAAUUUCUACAUUUUAAAAUUUCGGGAACACGCUGUUGUUAGAAACUGUUCUAAAUGAGUCGCAGAAGGCCACACGAAGAAGAUGAUGGUUACGACCGAGCGUACCGAAAACGAAGACGGGUUUCUGAAAACCAGGAAAUUGAAGACAGAUUGGAGUCGCUUAUACUCAGAGUUGGCGAGAAAAGCACUUCCUCAUUGGAGUCAAAUUUGGAAGGGUUAGCUAGCGUGUUGGAAGCCGAUCUGAGUACAUUCAGAGGUAAAAUACUCAGAAUAUUGACCGACUGCGCCAUUCGAAUGCCGGAAAAAUGCACCAUCUAUACGACUCUCGUAGGGUUGUUAAACGCGAAAAAUUUUAAUUUUGGGGGCGAGUUUGUGGAGUACAUGGUAAAAACUUUCAAAGAAUCCUUAAAGUCUUGCAAAUGGGACGCGGCUAGGUAUUCGUUAAGAUUUCUAGCCGAUUUGGUAAAUUGCCAUGUCAUUUCUGCCACAUCACUCUUGCAACUGUUAGAUAAUAUGGUAGACGCGGCUAAUGAGGAUAGUGUUCCGCAAGUACGGCGUGACUGGUAUAUUUUCGCCAUCCUGAGCACAUUGCCUUGGGUUGGUCGGGAAUUGUACGAGAAGAAGGAGCAAGCUUUGGAGAGAUUGUUGGUUCAAAUUGAAGUUUUCUUAAACAAACGUUCAAAGAAACACCACAAUGCCUUGAGGGUGUGGGCGUCCGAUACCCCCCACCCCCAGGAGGAGUACCUAGAUUGCCUGUGGGCACAAAUAAGGAAACUCAAGCAAGACAAUUGGGCGGAAAAGCACAUUCCCCGGCCAUACUUAGCGUUUGACUCUAUACUGUGCGAAGCCCUUCAGCACAAUUUACCCUCGAUUCUGCCCCCGCCUCACCACGAUUCUUACAAGUAUCCCAUGCCAUGGGUUGUAUUUCGAUUAUUUGACUAUACAGAUUGUCCCGAAGGACCAAUACUGCCGGGCGCACAUUCGAUAGAACGUUUCCUGAUAGAGGAACAUUUGCAUUCCAUCGUCGAGAUGUAUCAUUUGGAACGGAAGGACUGCGCGGCUCAUUUGCUGAAUUUCCCCUACAAACUCAAAAUCCCGCUGGAGUACUGCAUCGUGGAGGUGAUAUUUGCAGAACUUUUCCACAUGCCAACGCCGAGAUUUCUGGAGGUGUGCUACGGAUCGAUCCUGAUCGAACUCUGCAAGCUGCAGCCUUCUACGAUGCCCCAAGUCCUCGCCCUCGCCACAGAAAUGCUCUUUAACAAGAUCGACACCAUGAAUGUGUCCUGUUUCGACCGAUUCGUGAGCUGGUUUUCUUACCACCUGAGCAAUUUUCAAUUUCGAUGGAGGUGGGAGGACUGGGAGAUGUGCCUUACCCUCGACGCCGAUCAUCCCAAGCCCAAGUUCAUCAGAGAGGUUAUGUUUAAGUGCAUGCGGUUGUCCUAUCACCAGAGGAUCAGGGAAAUACUGCCGGAGGCGUUCAGCUGCUUUAUUCCCGAAAAACCCGAGCCCGAGUACAAGUACGCGAAGGAGGGAGCGGUUAAUCUGCCGGGCACUUCGGCCGCCCACCAGCUCGUCGUCUCCAUAAGGCAAAAAUGCACCCCCGAGGAGGUGCUCGCUGUCCUGAAGGACCUGCCGAACCCAAGAUCAGACGAAGAAGGCGACGGCAGGUUCAACCCCCUAAAAAUCGACGUGUUCGUCCAGACCCUCCUCAAUUUGGGCUCGAAGAGUUUUUCCCACAGUUUCGCCGCCAUCUCCAAAUUCCACUAUGUGUUCAAGAUUUUAGCCGACUCGGAGGAGGCCCAGAUCUGCAUUCUGAGGAACAUGUUCGAGCUGUGGUACAACCACCAGCAGAUGAUGAUCGUGUUGGUAGACAAAAUGUUGAAGACGCAGAUCAUCGAAUGCUCAGCGGUGGCCAAUUGGAUCUUCUCCAAGGAGAUGACGACGGAGUUUACGAAAAUGUACCUGUGGGAAAUUCUGCACCUCACCAUUAGAAAGAUGAACAAGCACGUGAUCAAGCUGGGCGGGGAGCUGGUAGAGGCGAAAGAGAAACUGGCCCGUGUGGAGGAGUCGAGCGAUAGCGAGAGCGACGAGGAGAAGAAGAAGAACGAGGACACUGAGAAGCCGUCCGAGGAGAUGGUCGAGCGGAUGGAGGAGAAAUUGGAGGCCGCGCAGGCCGACCAGAAGAACCUCUUCCUGAUCAUAUUCCAGCGGUUCAUAAUGAUCUUGUCGGAGCACUUGGUCAGGUGCGACACCGACGGUAAAGACUACAACACCCACUGGUACAGGUGGACCAUCGGUAGACUGCAGCAGGUGUUUUUGGCGCACCAGGAACAAGUACAGAAGUACAGCUCGACGCUGGAGACGCUGCUAUUCACGCAGGACCUGGACCCGCAUAUCCUGGAGAUUUUCCAGCAGUUCGUGUCACUGCAGGCGUAAUUUAUUUUCGUAUAUUUGUAGGUAAGAGAUUGUAAUAUGGAACAUGGAGAAAUA